UGUUUGAAGGUAUCAUUGGAUAAUUUCAAGUCAGUCUUGGCAGUAAAGCCACAUAAUAAAGAAAUAAGUUAAUUGAAACAUCCCAUAGGGUUCAUAAACUGUGUCUGUAUCAACCCGUUAACCCUUUCACAUUCACAUACGUGAAUUACUAAUAAAUGGAGGAAAAGUAAUAUGCCUUAUAAUCUUAUCACUGUAGCAUCUUCUGUGGACUGUUUUCAAACUUGGCGGGCAAGCUGUUAUGGGGGACCAGAAAGUAGUGCGAUAAUUCACGCUUUUCAUAAAUGGAAACAAAUCCUCAUGAAUUUGAUUUUUCCAAUUAUUUAGCUAAGUAUAAGUUUGCUUAGCUUGCCUGAAGUGCACGCAUGUUGCAGGAGGGCGCAACAUGAGCACUUUUUCUUUAUUUCAUCCAGGGUGUAGAGGACGUUCUCGGGCGAGGCAGCCAACCAAGGCGAGGCGGUGCCAAGUGUACAAAUCAAUACAGAAUCGCUCCUUGAUAUUCCGGGAAAACGGGCUCUCAUUCUCAAGUUAGCACCGAACAUAUAUACAUUAGGAAGUGUCUGCAUCCUGCCGUGGCCAGUUUUGUUGGGCGAGGCAGCAGCCAGAAAGAGGUUCACGUGACGGGACGAGAGAAGCUACCAUUCAUCUGGCACGUCACCCACUGCUGCUCUCACACUCAACGCUUGUGCAUACAAACCAAAGCCAAAAAAAAAAGCACAGGAUGAGAAAAGAUUAAAGAGGUCAGCCCUGGCAGACAUCCAGGGACCUUGUGGCAUACUUGCAUCACCAGUAGUGACCUGAAGGAGCCAUGGAGCAGGCUGCUGAGAAGGUCAUGGCUCAUGUUUCAACAGGGGACAUGACCCAUGUUACCGUGAAAUUCCCACACAUAUCCCUAGCUUGCUGGGACCUGAGGUAGAUGGGGCCAUAGUGCAGUUAGGGCAGGAGAUGGUAGAGGAGAGGAUGGAGCAGAUGGUGAGUGAAGGCCUGAGCCAGAUGGUGGAGAGGGAGAUGGCCGGGGGAGUGAUGGAACAGAUCUCCAAUGGGAUCACCAACAUCAUCAAGAAGGAAGAGGAAUUAGAGAUUGAGGUUGAGGAAGCAGGUCUACAGCCUGAUGCAGAAGCUGCUGGUGCUGAUGAGGAGGAGGAGGAGGAGGAGGAAGAUGAAGAAGAGGAAGAAGAAGAGGGAGUAGGGGAGAUAGCAAUCAAACCAGAGAAGGGAAAAAAAGUGCAAAAGGGAAGAAAGAGGAGGAAAAGGCGGCUAACUUUCACCCCAAGGAAGCUGAACAAAAUCUACCAGUGUGAACAGUGUCCAGCAAGGUUUGCCAGGGACACUCAGCUCAAAUAUCAUGCCAAGGUGCAUCUAGACGAUCAAACUGAGAAAUAUGAAUGUGAUCAGUGUCAUGUGGUAUUUUCUCGCAUGAACAAACUGAUGAAGCACCGCCAGCAUGCCCACCAAGAGGCUCUUUCCUGCACCCACUGCAAUUCCCAAUUCACCCACAUCAACAGUUACCGCCUGCAUAUGCGUUUGCACAGCGGGGAGAAGCCAUAUGGUUGUAAUGAGUGUGGGGCUCGCUUUGUACAGAGCAGUCAUCUCAAUAUCCACAAGCGAUCUCACACAGGGGAGAAGCCGUACCAGUGUGAUGUAUGUAAACAGUCCUUCAAGCAGAUCUCUCACCUCCGCACUCAUGAACGAAUUCACACCCAACUCAAGCCCUAUAUAUGCCCCAUGUGUAAUGCUGCUUUCAUUCAGAAGAGCAGCCUCAAUAGGCACAGUCGCAUCCAUACAGGGGAGAAACCCUAUGUAUGUGUUGUUUGCCAGGCAGCAUUCUGCGUCAAAAAUAAUCUGACGCGUCACAUGAUCACCCACACUGGGGAACAGCCUUAUAAGUGUGACCUCUGUCCAGCUUCCUUUGGGCAGGCCAUUGACCUUAAACGGCACAAAAUUGCCCACACUGGUGUCAAACCUUUCCAGUGUGAUGUGUGUGAUGCUUCAUUCAGCCGCAAGAAUAACCUCAAGUGGCACAAAUACAGUCACACUGGAGAAACACCUUUCAAAUGUGACGAAUGUUUUGCAGAGUACACACGUCCCAGAGACCUCAAGAAACACAAAAUGAUCCACAGUACAGCAAAACCACACGUGUGUGAAGUGUGCAAUCAACACUUCCUUCAAUCGACCUCAUACAGACGGCACAUGAUGCGCCAUACAGGGGAGAAAGGCUUCCAGUGUGAAAAAUGCUUUGCAGACUUCCUGGACAAGAGUGCUCUCAAAAGACACAUGUAUAAGCAUGUGGGAGCCAAGCCAUACACUUGUAAGAGGUGCAAUGCAAUGUUUAGAGAGUUCCGCAGUCUUAAGAGGCAUUGUCUCCAGAUGCAUGAUGAAGAGCCAGCUAAUAGACAGGAUCAUCUGUCCCAGGCUGCACAGCAGCAACAACAACAACAACAGCAACAACAACUACAACAACAACAACAACAACAACAACAACAGCAGCAACAUCAACAACAGCAGCACCAGCAGCAUCAACACCAGCAGCAACCACAACCACAGCCACAGCCACAGGUACAGCAGUCUCAACAGCAACAACAGAUUACAUUACCUUCUGGCACUAUCAUUACUACUCAAGAUCCAAGCCACCUUCCUCAGUAUGGUCAGCCUGGCCCUACACAGCCUGCCUCCCAGCAGAUGGCUCAGGUUCCCACACUCAUGUUGUCAGGUGGACCUGGCCAACCUGCUCGUGCUGCACGGCCUGCAAACAACUGCCAGAACCAUACAGCUCAUGUUUUGACCUUUGGAGGCAACAAUCAGUGGCAGUCUUGGUGCUUCUGUGAAACCCCAGCUAUACCAGAUACUCAACCUCAGCAGGUGAUGGUAGCUACUACCCUUCCAGCUGCUGCUCAUCAGCAACAGGUACAGCAGCAGCAGCAGCAACCACCACCACCACCACCACCGCCACCACCACAGCAACAACAACAGCAGCAGCAGCAGCAACAGCAACAACAACAACCACAACCACCACCACCACCACCUCAGCAGCCACAGGCACAGUCUACUCCCUUCACUAUGUCAGUGAAGGCUCCCACUAUGCCAACUCAAAUACAAUUGCAAUUUCCAUUCAGUGAGACUCAGGCAACUACAAGUCAUACUCAAUGGGUUUCAAGCUGGAGUAAAUAAGUGUCUAGAUCUGUUACUUGAAUCGAAGAUCAUGACCUUUUUUUUUUUUUUUUUUUUUUUCUUUAGGAAGACUGAAGUGAUGAUAAGACACUCAGAUGGAGGUCUCAAGGUUUCACUGUUUGAAUAGAUUUGAUGCGUUGUGUUGGAAGUGUGAACUGUGAAAUUUUGACAGCACACUGAGUCAGUAGGGAUAUGGUGAUGGAGAAACAAAGAUUCUCAUGUCAUUCCAAAUCUUAUGGCUGUAUUUUGAUAUUUAUUGCUUUUUCAUGCAUUAUUUUCAAUAUGUGUUAUGGAAACACUUACUGUUGUGAAGUAUCAUCACAUUUGACAAAAGCUUAAACAAAUUUAAUGUACAUUCAAGUGCCAAAAGUUGUGGUAUAUUGAUAAGUGGUGGCCUCUGAAUGACUCAAGCAAUGCAAUGGUAUGUUCAGAUGUUUAGAUGUCUAUUUAUUUUGUGAAUAUAAUGUAACAUUUUCUUUAAGUUGACUUGGCUGAAUGACCUGGUUAAAUGCCAUGACAGUGCUGAGGUUGGAGGGACUUUAGUGCAGAAGCCAGAGAAGUUGAAAAGCCUGACUGAAUGGGAAAGCUUGAGGAAGGUGAGUACUGAAGCAUCAUUCUUACUGUUAUGGAGGGAGCAUAUCAAGGCUUCUUUCAGCAUCAGUUGAUCUGUUUCAUAUUUUGUAAAUUUGUUUUAAUAUUUUUUAAAUGAGCUUGAGUUAAACUGGUAUAGGUAUAGGAAGAUACAAAGCUCACAGGUGAAAGAAUAUUUAAAGGUUAUAAGGAUGAGACAGUUCCACAAUUACUAAUUACAAUGAUUCAGUGGUUGCAAAAGUCAGAGAAUUACUCCCAGAUACUAAUAUCAUUGGAAUAUGACUUUACCAUGCAUAAUGUUAGAACAAACUAGUCUAGGUCUUGAACUGUUGAUCAUAGGUCUAGAAAGUGGCAAAGAAAAUAUCUUGGAUGCAAGUAAGAUUGGAAUAAAUAGAGCUAAAUUCCUAAGAGGAAAUUUUUUAGACCUUGGAAUGAGAAGAGGCACAGAUUGGAACAUAGCUAAAUAGUCUAAGAUCAACUAAUUGUAUUGUUUUAAUGAGUAAUAGAUAAUAACAGGUGAUUAAUUAGUAGUUACAUUAAAGAACAACAUGCAUUGCAUGUGAAAAUGAAAGCUAAAAGUCAGUAAAUUCAUAAUGUACUUUGAGAUUGAUGUAGGGAAUGAUGUGAUAGAAGAAUUAGUUCAGAUCUUGAAAUCUAAAUUAAAUGAAAAAUGGCAAUGUAGUGGAUGUUCUUGUUAAACAAAACCAUAUAAUGAAGACUAAUCAUUCUGUCUCAUUGAAAAUUUAGAAUCAGUGUGUUCUAACAGAUCAGAACCUUGAAGUCUUAUGAAAAUCUUUGAACAAAGAUCUUGGUGCCCAAAGUGAAAUGAAAAGAAUAAUGCCUGUUAUAUCAGAGAAUUGAGAAGCACACUAAGCAAGUUAGAGACAUCUUAACAACUGGUAAAAAGAAAAAAAGUGGAAGUUUGCCUACAUUCA